ACAAACUAAUCAAACAAAAAAUGGAAGGUGGUGUAGCCAUGCAAAAAACACUGCUCCUAACGGCCGUAGCUCUGAUCGGAAUCAUCGCCGGAGCUGCAGCACAGAACUGUGGAUGCGCGGCGGGGCUGUGCUGCAGUAGGUUCGGAUUCUGCGGCACCGGCGAGGAUUUCUGUGGGACCGGAUGCAGAGAAGGGCCUUGCAACACUCCCCCACUUACUCCAAGUGUGAACGACGUGAAUGUGGCGGAAUUUGUGACCGAGGAGUUCUUCAACGGCAUAAUUAACCAGGCGGACGCGAGUUGCGCCGGACGGGGAUUCUACAGCAGAGCUACUUUCUUAGAAGCUCUCCAGUCGUUUGAUAGAUUUGGAAGAAUUGGAACGGUUGACGAUUCUAAAAGAGAAAUCGCUGCUUUCUUUGCUCAUGUUACUCACGAGACCGGACAUUUCUGCUUCAUAGAAGAGAUAGACGGGGCAACAAGAGACUAUUGCGAUGAGGAAAACACACAAUAUCCAUGCAACCCAAGCAAAGGGUAUUUCGGUAGAGGACCAAUCCAACUAUCUUGGAACUUCAACUAUGGCCCCGCAGGGGAGAACAUCGGAUUCGAUGGCCUGAACAACCCGGAAAUCGUUGCCACCAACCCGGUGGUGUCGUUCAAGACGGCAUUGUGGUACUGGAUGAACUUUGUGCGGCCGGUCAUAAACCAGGGCUUCGGUGCCACCAUUCGUGCCAUCAAUGGUGCCCUCGAAUGCGACGGCGCUAACACUGCCACCGUUCAACGAAGAGUCCAGUUUUAUAAUCAGUAUUGCAAUCAACUCAACGUUGACCCUGGAAAUAAUUUGACUUGUUAGAUUUGAUUUUAGUUUACUUUCCUUUUCGUGUUCUGAUUUAAGCUUUCUACCAAUAAAAUUUUCUAUCAUCCAUUCGUAUAA